AAUUGUCCGUCAGAGUCACCAGUUACAGAUUGAUGCUUUCCCUUGGCUCUGCGCUUGCCGUAUUGGUGGCCGAAGGGCUGGGGUGGCGAAGAGUGGGGAAAAAGAAUGAGGUGGAGCAUGGGUCGUGGGCUGCAGAUAUUGCUACAACAAAUCAGAAGGCUUUCGUGCCCCGGAAGUGGCUGACCUACUCGGUUCGAAGGGGAGGCCUUUCCUCUUACUACGGUGGCCGGGGAGCUCGGGUCCCUGUGGCAGCGGCGCUGAGGUCGGAGCGUUUGCGUGUGUACCGGCUGCUUUUGGGGCGGCUUCUGCUAGAGCUGGAACACUUCCCGGCACUAAGGAUAACUUUACAGAAGAAUGCAAUCAAGUGAUGGCUUUUUCUUUAGAAUUUGAAUAUGGAGGCCACAGGAACAGAUGAAGUUGACAAGCUAAAAACUAAAUUUAUAUCUGCUUGGAACAACAUGAAAUAUAGUUGGGUGUUGAAAACAAAAACAUAUUUUAGUAGAAAUUCCCCUGUAUUAUUGCUUGGAAAAUGUUACCAUUUUAAAUAUGAAGAUGAGAAUAAACUGUUACCUGCAAGAUCAGGAUGUACAAUAGAAGAUCAUGUAAUUGCGGGAAAUGUAGAAGAAUUUCGUAAAGAUUUCAUUUCAAGAAUAUGGUUGACCUAUAGGGAAGAAUUUCCUCAAAUAGAAGGCUCGGCUUUGACAACAGACUGUGGUUGGGGCUGUACAUUAAGAACUGGCCAGAUGCUAUUGGCUCAAGGACUCAUACUACACUUUCUUGGUAGAGCUUGGACGUGGCCUGAUGCUUUGAACAUUGAAAGUUCAGACUCUGAAUCAUGGACUUCCAACACUGUAAAAAAAUUUACUGCAUCAUUUGAAGCAUCACUUUCAGGGGAAGGAGAACUCAAAACCCCAACAGUUUCUCAGAAGGAAACAAUCAGAAGAUAUUCUGAUGAUCAUGAAAUGCGAAAUGAAAUUUAUCACAGGAAAAUCAUCUCUUGGUUUGGUGAUUCCCCUUUGGCUCUCUUUGGUUUACAUCAACUAAUAGAAUAUGGAAAGAAGUCUGGGAAAAAAGCCGGAGAUUGGUAUGGACCAGCUGUGGUUGCUCAUAUUUUAAGAAAAGCAGUUGAAGAAGCAAGACACCCUGAUUUACAAGGAAUAACUAUUUAUGUUGCACAAGACUGUACAGUUUACAGUUCUGACGUAAUUGAUAAACAGUGCACUUCCAUGGCCUCUGAUAAUACAGAUGACAAAGCCGUUAUUAUUCUAAUCCCCGUUAGACUUGGUGGGGAAAAGACCAACACUGACUACUUAGAUUUUGUAAAGGGUAUUUUAAGCCUUGAAUAUUGUGUGGGUAUUAUUGGUGGCAAACCUAAACAGUCAUACUACUUUGCUGGAUUUCAAGAUGACAGUUUGAUUUACAUGGAUCCUCAUUACUGCCAAUCUUUUGUAGAUGUCAGCAUAAAGGAUUUCCCUCUUGAGACAUUCCACUGCCCAUCUCCCAAAAAGAUGUCAUUUCGAAAAAUGGAUCCUAGCUGUACGAUAGGAUUUUACUGUCGAAAUGUUCAGGACUUCAAACGAGCUUCUGAAGAAAUCACUAAGAUGCUGAAAAUUUCUUCUAAGGAGAAAUAUCCCUUAUUUACUUUUGUAAAUGGUCAUUCCAGAGACUAUGAUUUUACAUCUACUACAACCAAUGAAGAAGACCUUUUCUCAGAGGAUGAAAAGAAAAAAUUAAAAAGAUUUAGCACAGAAGAAUUUGUCUUGCUCUAAAGAUUAGUGUAUUUGUGCUUGUUGAGAAGAACUCCUCUGCAGGGGGAAAAAUGAAGAGAAACAAGUUUACUCGAAACUGGCUUAUUUUCACAAAUAUCUUAAUUUUAUAUGUUCUUUAAAAAAAAGAACAUUUGGAAAUAUACAAGUUUUAGAGAUAUUUUUCUGAAAGAGAAAUGAUUUAAUGAAUCUUUAUUUCUAAUAAAUAUCAAGUGAUUCUGGCUGCA